AAGCGCAGAGGCGGCGCUUGGCGAACGUUCCUAGGGCGCCCCUCCACAGCGGCGCACGCGCACAGGUUCGCCAAAGCCAUGCCAGACGGCGCAUCCUCCUCGGUCCCGGGCCUCAUCCGGCUGCAGCCGGGCUCCUUGAGCGCUGCGGCACUGACGCCGCUGCACCUGCUGCCGUGCAAGAUCCAGCACAACGGGCCCGCCGCCAUCAGCCGCUUUUUCAGCCCGACCAUUCGUCCGGGGCCCUCAGGGCCGGUGGUGUCCUUCAGGGGCCGGAGCCUGCAUGGAGAGGAGGUGACGGUCCCUCCAGGCUACGUGGGGCUGGUGCUCCGGGAGGAAGACAAGUCAGAGGGGUCGGAGGACCGGACUGUCCAGGCAAUGGGCAAAUUUAGCAGCUUCACCCUUUGGGGUCUGGAGGCCCCCCCAGGGCGAGAUGCCAGGAUACACGGAGCCCUGACCUGGCCCAGCCUGGCCGCUGCUAUUCAUGCACCUGUGGCCGACGAUGAGGACUGAGGCGGUGGCAGCUCUGGAGCCCCAAUUCUGCGCCCCUACUUGUCCCCCCAAUAAAGUCUGGCGGAGCCAGCGGCUGCCCUGA